CGACUGUUUGCUCCCCUUCCAUUCACACACGGCUUAUUCUCAGUUUUUCAAAUGCGAGCAUACCAACAGGCCAAAUACCCGAAAUAUUAAACAAAAAUACGAAAUUUUUAUUUGUGUUGACAUGGAGUUGGCUGGAAAAUUUCUUAAGCCUGUAUGGCGUCCAUUAGGGUGCGUGGUUCGUCCCUAUUGCAAGUUGCCGGUGCAAAACCUGGUCUCGUUUCCGGUUGCCAAAAUAGAACCCGGAAAGUCAAAGUACAUGAUGGCCCAUGUCUACAUUCACGGAGAAAUGCGCACUGCAAAGAAGGUCAUACGCAGUCUGGCCAAGGCCAAAUACCACCUUGACGUUUAUGACAAACUGAAAGAGGAAGCCGAAAAACUGGGCUUGUGCACCCAAGGGCUUGGUGGUGGCUACUUGGUCCACGACAAUAGUAAGAAGUACAUCAAGCUUUAUGGGAAAUCUCUGACCCUGGGCAAGGCCGACCACGAGGCUGCCAAGGAUAUAUUGCAGAAGAUGUAUAAGGAUCAUAAGAUCGAUGCAGAAUCUGGCGGCAUUGAACCCUAAGUUCGCCCUAUUCUCUUAAUAUUUCGGGUAAUGGUUUCGGCCGCUUUUGAAUACUUACAAUGAAUGUUCAAAAUUAAAGUUGGCUAAUUAAAUUGCACAGAAUUUGCAAGUUGGUAAUAAUA